AUGACAAUAGCUAAUCGUUAUCAGCGGAGGCUCCAACGCCGAUGUCAACAAUGGCUGGCCUCAGUCGCGUCAAACCUCCAGAAAAACAACCUCUGGAGGAGGAUGGUCAAGAAUACUGUCUGCACCACGAUUAAUCUGAUAAUUGGUUUAAUUCCAGCAGUGAUAGCUGUAUAUGGAAAUUCUACCUUCUUAGGAGCUAUGGCUUCGGUAUUUGGUCAUCCUGGACAACGAUUUGGGCAAUUGGUCGAGGUUUUGAUGCUGAUUACAACUGGAACCUUCGUGGGAAUCGGCUGGGGUAUCCUAGGACUAUACCUUUCCAGCCUCGUUUACCCAACUAACAUUGAGGCCGCUUGGGCCAUCAGGGCUAUAUUCUUCACUCUGGCGUUGCUUCUACACGGCGUUCUGCGUUCGGCAGCACCUAGACUGUUCAUGUUUGUGUUUUUCUUCCUGCUCAUCAAUAUCACAAUUUUGACGAGUACUGCUCUUUCUAUAUCGACUGCUAUUGUCACGAAUAUAGCGUACCCGAUCCUCACUGCGGUCGGUAUCAUUAUAAUGGUAAAUGUGACCAUCUUUCCCGAAUUCUCAAGCGGGUUUCUAGGCAGGUCAACGAUAGAAACACUGUACGCGACCAUCAACUCAUUUCAAGAAUCUGGGGACUGGUUCAUGGCCGACUCUAAUCCAUUGGAUGACGAGGACGCGGAAAAGAAGAAUGAGGCAUCUAUGACGUUGCGAGCUAGACUAAUAGCUUUGACCGACAAGAAAGCAAAAUUAAGAGCUCAGCUUGGUAGCUGUAAGAAAGCCCAAGCCGAGUGUAACUUCGAGCUUGUAUAUACGGUCCUCCCCCCGCGAUCUUUAAAGUCAGUCAGUAUGACUUUGAUGUCCCGCCUUGUUCAAAUUACCAUAUGCCUUAUCAAUGCUUGUGAGAGCAAAUAUGCAUUAGCAGGACAUCAAUACGGAGAGGACGAACCGAAAUCGCCCGACGAAAAGACUGACAACGAAGCCGCCGAACCAGACUCGAAUUCUAGCUCGAGUAGUGAGUCUGAUAGCGACAGUAGUGACGAAACAUCCGAAGAUGAGAGAAAAAAGACCCGGCGGAAAUCCAAGUACGAAGAGAAGAUCGAGCUCGUAAAACCUAUCCGAGAAAUCGAGUCUGGUGACAUUGAACUCCUAGAGCAUAUUCUGUGUCAAGUUCGGGACCCUACCAAACUUCUUCAAGUCCAUAUUCAAGCAGCAGUUCAUGUUAUUGCCACGUGCCUAGCCUAUUGCUACGAUGCACCUAAUUUGCCUUCGGGUGCCCCAACACCCAAGGGGAUUAUAAUGGAGGAAAUCGACCUUCGAGUCAAUCUUUUUGCGGAAGCAUUAACGCAAUUCGACCAAGACUCCGCGGCAGCACUGGAACAUGCGGCUUCCAUAGAGUAUGGCCGGAAAAGAAAGGGUGAUAUCAUGCCUAGGAUGGAGACACACCUGAUCUCAUCAUUCCUGAUUAGCGUGAGACAGGGGGCUGCCCAAGUAAUGGAUAUGUUGAAACACUCUAGAAAUCUUGUCGAGCGAAGACAAGCGAGGCAUGAACGUCGUCGACUUUAUUGGCCUAAUAUUUCUUGGAAGAAGUGGCUAGCAACCGGUGGCGAGCAUGACAUAACCGCCCUCCCAGAGAAUGCAAGAAAGGAAGCACGGACUGGUCACGGUUUGAGGGAAGACCCGAAUGGACCCGAUGAUGACCCAAAUGAUAGCAACGAGCAGUUGCUAAGGUACCCUAAAGACGAAGAAGUUGGCCACUUGAUUAGGAGACAGUCCACAAUCCCCGAGAAGGGCAAGAUACCCAAACGGAAAGGACCGCUAAAGUCCGAAGCCAGCAACGUUUUGUGGUUGCGCGGACUUGCCGCCGAUACAGUUGAGUUAUUUGCCGACUCUGACGACCUCGCCUUCGCCCUUAAAAUGUGUAUAGCCGCCUAUAUUGUUACCUGGCCUGCUUUUGUGCCGUCAUACAAUGCCUGGUAUAAUUCUUUUCGUGGUUCCUGGGUGACUUUCCAGUUGAUCCUCGUCUUUGAAGUUUCGGUGGGAACUUCGUUCCAAGGCUUCUUCCUUAGAGUUGUUGGUGUCAUAUUUGGCUGUGUUAUGGGCUUUCUUGCUUACGAAAUCGGACAAGGAAAUCGUGUUGUUGCCGUUGUCAUCCUAGUACUUGGCAUCAUUCCUUCUUCAUACAUCCACCUUGGUACGCCAUUCGUCAAAACAGGCAUCAUAUCUAUUGUGAGCAUGUCUGUGGUUGGAAUUGCAACAAUACUCCAAGCGGGCGGGGAUCAACAAUGGGAGAUAUUCGUCAAAAGAAUGGUAUGUUUUCUCGUUGGAGGCACGAUUGCACUCCUUGUUGAGAUGCUUCUGUUCCCUGUCCGAGCUCGAGAUAGACUUGUCGAGUCUUUAGCUUCGAGUAUUCAGCAGAUAUCACAAAUGGAGGCAUCGGUAGCCGUAGGUAUCGACUCGCCCCGAAACAUUGAUACCAAAUCUGUCGCGAUCAACGAAGACUUCAAAGAUGCAAAAGAAAAGGCCGAGCAAGCACUUUCCGCAGCCCGCACUUUUCUGCCUUUCUGUUUAACGGAGCCAAGGAUUAAAGGGAGCUUUAAGGGCCAAGCAUUAAUCUACGGCGAGAUGAUCUAUGUUCUGUUUCAAAUCAUUGAUCGCAUGGACAACAUGUUGCAUCUCCGCAAAGCGUACGGGAGUGGCGUGCUCGAGGAACUAAACGCUGAAGUCUUGCCUUACCGCCGCAACGUGGCAGCCAGUAUAAUGCUUACUCUAUUUGCUGUUCACGAAGCCUUGACGACGCGGCUACCUCUCCCACAGUUUCUACCAUCUAGUCGCGUAGCCCAAUUAAGAUACAUCAGCCGAGUCCGAGAAUUACUUCUCGAGCGCGCAACUAAAUCGGCGUAUACCAGCGGCGCUCAAACCCCCGCUAGUACGGAUGAUGGCACUGCUCCGUUUCAUACACACAUUAUCAAAUCAAUGACUCGGCAUAGUUUUAUGUCUUGGAACGCUAGUUCAGCAGGAAUUAUGGAGAUUAUUGAGUACUUGGAAGAACUCGUAGACCUCGCCAAAUUGCUAGUUGGGGUCAACGCCUUUAGGAGCGGAAUGUUGGAGCGUCCCAAGUUCCAUGAAUAUGUUAGAAAAAUCAAAGAACGCGAAUCAGACCAAGCAAGUGCUUCAACUGCCGCAGCUGAUGCCGAGCUGCAAGAGGCACAGAAGAUCAAAAGCAAAUCGGGGGCAAGCUUCAUACGCAGAAGGCGAGGGUUUACACUCGGAAAGUCGCAGUCCCAGGGCACAGCAACAACAGGCACCGCUGCGACUGUGAAGCCUAGUAGCAGCGAUGCUACGUUGAGGCGCCGGGCUACAGGUAUAUGGGGCGGUGAUGCUGCCACGGAAACUCACUAUGAAGACAAUGAUGUUGUGGAAGAUCUACCAAUGAGUCUACAGCGGGUCAUGUCGAAAAGGAUGGAAGGGAGACAACUCGAAAGGCUGUCUAGGCGUAGGAGGAAUACAGAUGACCCUAAGGGUAAGCGCCCGCUAAAGCCGUCACAGACUUGGGCGUUGUGA